GGCUGUUGCAGGGAUAAUUUUCCCAAUUUUACUUAAUCCAUUCAAACAAAAUCAUAUUUAGAAUUUUUACAAACUUGUCGACAUUCGUACAGUUAUUUAAACGUAGACUUGAGGUGCAAGUUUCGUAUAAGGACGAGAAUGUUCUGCCUUCCAAUGCAGGAAACAGAUGUGAAUAUGUCGAAAUUUCGCUCCCUUCUCUAUCACUGUGAAAAAUUAUUGAAGCAGCAGCAACAGCAACAACCAAAAUUCUCGAAGGUAUCAUCAUUUUCACCAAAAAUUGCAACAAGGGACCCAGUCCUCAUCAUGGCCGCCAAUACUUCACGUACGGGAGAACUGGCCUCGGAUUCCAGUCUGAAUAACCCAAUACUGGAAGCUCCUUCAGGCAUCAGUCCGCUGCCCUCAACCUCGCACUCAGAAGAGCCACAGCAGGUCAACAAGGUCACACACAGAGGGACUCACAUGAGCACUCACACCGGAGAGAAGACUUAUUUGUGUGAAACUUGUCACACGAACUUCACUACAUCUAGAAAUCUCGACAGGCAUAUGAAGAUCCACGGUACACAGGAACACGUGUGCAAGAAGCCGGGCUGCGGAAAAAAAAUUCACAAAUAGAAGAUAUCUGAUGAACCAUAUGCGCCGUCACGAUGGAGCGAAGUCGUAUGCUUGUAAUUUUCCAGAAUGUGGGAAGGCAUUCAGCACCUCAUACCAGCUGAAGCGACAUAAUAAAACCCACACCGGAGAAAAGCCAUUUGAAUGAGGCAUUUGUAAAAAGUGCUUCUCCGAAACAAGAAAUCUCAGAAAAGACAUGAAUAUUCAUACUCGAGAGGAACACGUGUGCAUGAAGCCGGGCUGCGGAAAAAAAUUCACAAAUAGAAGAUAUCUGAUGAACCAUAUG